CCCAAAUGCAAUCGACGACGACGAAGCAUGUUCGAACUUUACUGUUUCUUUCUGUGGUAGCGCGACUUGCAGUCUGGACGUUAGUCUCGAUCUCUGCAUACUUGCUUCCACUGUUCGAUGCAUCACCAGACAUUGGGACAUCCCGUUCUUGGGACUCGGUUCUCCUUCGUUGGGACGCGUUUCACUUCGCACACAUUGCAAAAGAAGGAUACGUGUAUGAAUACGAGUGGGCUUUCUUCAAUGGACUGCCACUAUUGAUGCGCGUUUCGGCCCACCUACAGGCCCUGGCAGGUUUUGGUUCGAACGAUUGGGCGACGCUUCUUCGAGGUGGGGCAUGUAUGGCCGUACUUUGCGACUCGACACAAGUACUCUAUCACCUAUCAUUGCAUCAUCUCCACUCACCUUCCCUGGCGUUUUUGUCCACCGCGCUCUCCGUCUUCUCGAGUAGUCCUGCUGCGCUUAGAUUGGCGUCCUACAACGAACCGUUCUUCACAUAUUUCUCGUAUCGGGGCAUGCUGGCGUGUGCUCGUUCUCAGUGGAUCGCAGCAUCUAUAUGCUUUGCUUUAGCAAGCAUGUUCAGGUCCAAUGGAAUAUUUCUGUCCGGAUUCAUACUCUGGGGCAUGCUGAUCACGCCCUUUUUGACAGGGCGAAAGGAUCUGCUUACUCAUACGCGUCUGCUUAAAUGCGUUUUAUUGACUGCGUUGCCGCUGAUUCCCUUUAUCCAUCACAAUAUUAUCGCAUAUCUUGUAUUCUGCACGCCAUCAACAACGCGUAUCCCAGAUUGGUGCGCAACCAGUAUGAUUCCUUCGAUAUACUCCCACGUGCAGUCCAAAUACUGGAACGUUGGCUUCUUGCGAUAUUGGACAGUCUCCAACAUACCAAACUUUAUUUUCGCGCUUCCUGCCGUGCUUCAUAUUUUCGUGUUCUGCUGGUUUUAUCUCUCGAAUUUGCCUGCAAUUAUUCCCCACAUCAUACCUCAGAUCCGGUCAAAAACCAACAACGUCCCCCCUCCUCAGCUGGACUCUUCAUUCCUCUCUCCAUCCCUCCUGCCCCACGUGCUCCACGCCUUGGCGCUCACGUCGAUCUUGACGUUCAACGCUCAUGUUCAGAUAUCACUCAGGCUUCUCCCGUCUCUUCCAAUCACGUACUGGGCUGCUGCUCGCCUCAUGCUCGACCUUCCAAAGUGGGGAAAAGCAUGGGUCACAUGGAGUGUUCUGUGGGGCGCGUUGAGCUGUGUGCUCUGGGCAGUUUUUCUCCCGCCUGCUUAAAUCCGAUAGUACGACGAAAUUCCUAAGUACUUGGGGUGCGUAGUACAAUAGAUGCCUAUUUGCCACCGAGAGUCGAGACGGUAAUUUGCCCCAACACAGCAGCAUGCUUUGUCGUUGGUUGUCGCUACAUACUUGACGUCUGACAUCAACUCCAGAUCAUUUAGCGUGCUGUCAAAGCAGCAACAACGGCGAGGACAAAGGAGAAACGCAUUGUUUGUGGGGAUGUGAUAUGGGAUCAAAUAAAUCCGAAAGGGAAGUAGGAAGAUAGCUUGAUUUUAUGUGCU